AUGAACACGGCACCGACAUCUCGACUGGGCCAAUUGCCCAGCUACGUACGGAUAUGGGUGCGACACGGUCACUUUGGCAAGAAGAAGAAGGGCCUGGGCUUUCCUCCACCUGAGGGCCAUGGCGAAGAUAUUUGGGUGUUCGGACACAGAAGGACAGAUCAGAUUAUUUACAGCUUUAACAAGACGCUCGAUGGUUUCCAUGAUCUCAAGCAGCUCCCAUUCAAUGGCAAAAAGACAAAGCCUCCCAAACUCCGCAAAGACUACUGGUCACCCUUUGCCCACAUCGCUUUCCCCGCCGGUCAAGGCUCAAUCGGUCGUUCCGUCUUCCAAAAACUGCGCGAGCUGAAGCAUUUACACGAGGUGGCCUGGGACAAUGAAUUCCGAUACAAGCGCCCCGAGGAGUUUACUACCGCCGACCGCAAGCGAAUUGAAGAGGAGGAGAAUAAAGGCAACAGCAACUAUCGGCCCAUCCGCACAAAAGAGGAGCGUGGUAUCGCUCUGAACGCCCAGAAGCCAAAUUCGAUUGCCGAUAUUGCCACAGUCUUGAGCGGUGCUGGCCGUGGUAACAAGAUUGUUUUGUCGGAAGAUGCUGAAGGUGCUGAGAAGAAACUCGUGGAUGUGAAGGUGAGCUGGGCGAAUGACCUGGAUAAGGAGUACGCCCAAGAAUGGACGAACAACGUUACACACGGGCUGUUCGAAAAGCCAACCUACGUCUCGAAGCCCGCGAAGCCAGUAGCCGAAGAAACCCCCCAAGAGCAAGAAAAGGCCUAG